UAGUCGCAUUCCCUGUCCGAUGCCAAAGAAGAACCAUACAUGCAACUUGUCUAGCCACCACCGACCUUUGGCACGUACCACGGUACCCGGCCGCUGUUUUAUGUGUGUGCUUUGGAUGUUUUAAAUCCUGAAAGACACUUUUUCCAUUUCUUAUGGGGCGUGCUGCGCAACCAGCGACUCAAUUCAAUAGAUAUUGCACGGCAAUUACAAUGUUUUGCGGAGAAACUCCUUCCAAACGGCAUCUUGUUCCCUAAGUGCUUCGACGAAGCUGCCGUGGCGGCGGAAGAGCACUGCGCCCUGCGGUUCCAAGUGUAGGUGGCGCAUUCACUGCUGCGGCAUUCUUUAAUUCAUCCGGGGGAACGUCCUUUUUUCAAAAUACACUUCUUCUUUGAGUAUGACUUCCUCAACUCCUUUAAUGGCUGACGGUUAGUGUGGCGCUUCGAUCGCGAAACAUUGAGAGGCCUUCUUCAUUCUAGCUCCAUCGCAUGCGUGUCCCGCAGGGGAAGUUGUGUCGAACGAUUUUUCUUUUUCAUGGAUAGGGACCUUAUAUCCAGAAUAUGCCAUUAAAAGCAACCUAUGCGUGUCCAGUUAAAGCAUAGUACAGACCUAGACAAUAUUUGUCCCCUUCCCCCCUACGCAAUUGGACGCAGCCUGCCAGCGGAGGGAACUCAACUUCUAAGCCACUUCGUGGCGCCGAACAAGAUCAAGUGUUUCACUGUAGUAGCCGAUUCGUUUUGGAGUUGUUGGAAAGUACGCGCCGGUACCAGUAUCUGGAGCGCGCGUCCAAGCAACAAACGAGUUGUACGCCUGCAGGUAGUUCUGUCGCGCUAUCGGUGCCUCAAGAUGGUGAGCUCAGUGCGAACGUGAGUAAAGGGAAAACGAGCCCCGUGUUUCUUUUUUGGCGUUUGACGGCUCUCUUGAAACUGAUCAGGAAAGAUGGAGCAGGACAACGUUCAAUAUUACUAUGAUUCGUCCGCGGAUCAGUGGUGGUACUUCGAUACCGCUACGCAGACUUGGUUACCGUGGCAAGACGAAACAGCGGAGAAAGCUGUGGAAGUCGCUUCCUCAGCUGACAACCCCAGCGCGAAUGCCGCUAAAAUAGAAGGUACACAGACUGAAAACACUAGCGAAGGCGGGGAGGCACAGAAAGAAAAUGUUGGGAAGGAGUCUAGUUCCGCGGUCAAACAAAGCGGGGUCGCCUGCAGUGCGACAGCAACGGACAAGACUUUCGAGGACAGAGCAGCUCCAUCCGCAUCCAAGGACGAAAGCAGUGGCGCUGGCACCUCGGUGAGGAAUGAGUUGUCUUCGUCCUCUGCUGAUGAAAAAGGUUUGCCGGUGAAACGGACAGACACAGGAGACAACCAGAGUUUGGGCGGGGGUAGCAGUGGUGACAGCUCUCCAGUGUCUCCGUCUCAGACGGAAGGUGGGGAAGACGCGCAACGAACCAAUUCUCUCGCGCAGAGCGAUGCCUCAGAUCGUGUACGCGACAUGCUCGCGAGACUCGCCAGCACGCCUUCACUCGAGCGGGCACUGACGAGCAUCACCGGCGCAGGACACACCACGAAACAAGACUUUUUCACGGGCCAACGGAAAACACCGGCGGAGAAAAGAGAGCAAUGUGCUCAAGACGAUGAAAACACCUCCAAUGAGGAUGAGGACAGCGAAAGCGAGGAUGCAGUAACUCCCAGUAUCGAACUUGAUCCGAUCGUGCGCCGCAGCACUCGAAUGCUGACCUUCAAAGACAAAGGCGGUCUUGCAGGAUGCUUGAAAGCUGCGGCUGCUCAGCGCAUGUCGCUGAUCGAAGAAUCAGGGGGUUUUAUCCCUGGAACUGAAGAUUACCGACAAGAAGCGAUUAAACGGAGAGCGAGACAACUCGCCUCACAAACGCAUACUCGCGCCCAGCGGCGUUGGCUGGACGCUGCUCGAAUGGCCUCUGGCGCUACUCCCAAAACGGGGGGCGAAAAAAUCAAGCGCUUUUCUGACCUCGUGGAUCGUCUUCGGGAGAAAGCGUCACCCGAAGAUGGCGAAGAGGCCGUACCUGCCGGACUGGUUACUUCCGCGCAAGCUCUAACAUCCGGCCCGCCUCCCCCAGGUGCUUUAGGUGGAGUGGACGAAUCUGUGGCGUCGCAGCUGCUGUUUAAGCCUGAAGUCGAUUUGCGGGAGCAGCGACGGAGAUCCAGUGGCUUUACCGGUGGUCAGCAAGGGUUUGUGCGUUUUGCCGACGCGACGUUUCGCGAUCCGAACUCCCAGCUUCAGAUGAAGGACCUGCUCACCCAGCAGGGGAGGAGGCGGGGGUCGACAGACUCGUCCGACUACAACAUUUCGGGUUCCGGAGUAUCGAGGGACCGUGGGGAUGAGCCAGCAGACUGAAGCGGCACGUGGGUGUCUCGUUCGUAUCUCAGUUAUGUUUUGUCGUAGUUUCUCGACUUUUUUUGAAAUAGCUAUUUGCCUAUCUUGGCGUCAUCUUUGUUAUACCUUGCAGAGAUAUGCACCUUCGGCGACAAAACAAUGACUUAUGAUCCGCCGCGGCUGUAGACGAGAUAGAGAAGGGAAACCGUGCCGUUCCCACCUCUAAACUUCGCUUCUUUGGAGAGUCGAUGUGCACGACUCUGUGGGGUUCACUGCUGUUUUAUUUGUUGUGGCGAACGCUUGAGGAAAUGCAGUCUGCAGAGCAGAUCCACACAGGUAUUUUCCUAAUUGUUCGUAGUUGGUACUUUUUCAUAGUGUAUCGUUAAUAUGACUAACGCGGUCACACAGCAACGUGCUCGUGACAACUGGUCGUGUUCCACUCUUCGGGUGCGGUGAACAUCACCGGCACUUAAUUUGCGAAGGGGGGCCCUCUUUCGUCCAACCGUUUACCGAAACGUCUGAGUGGCAUACGCCGGCAAACUGCCAAAUUCAUGAUCUGCCAUGGCUUGCGCGGUGGAAACUACCUUGUGAUCGUGCGAGUCACCUGUAGACUCUUCGCGGGUAGCCACGCACGCGAAAGUCGCCAUUGAUGUGUGGGAGAAUCCGCUUGCGAUAGUCGCAUAUAGUGAGUCCUUUACUAGUACAGUCUUCUGGAAGGCCACUACUGACUCACGG